CCGUACUUCUUCCUCUCUGUUUCUCAUUUUUUUUCUUCAGUUUCCAUUGCUGGAAAACGUUUUCAGAUCUUAUUAUUUUUUAGGGUUUUAAAAUUAUUUUUUUCUCUCUUGAUAGAGAGAAAGAGCACACACAUAUAUACAUACUUUGCAUGAAGGAGAAUGAAUAUUUAUAUAAGACUUCUCCAUAUCCCCAUUUUCAUUUCUGAGCGCAUCUCCAUCACCUCUAUUUCUACUUUCAGUUCUUUUUUAAAAAGAAAAUAUAGAGCUGUGUAUUAGAGAAGAAACCCUAGUUUGCAUUAUUUAUAGUGUCCGUACUUAGAUUUUUUACUUUCCUUUUAUGGAUCCACAGAUCGAGGACUUGUUAGUUGUUAUUAUUCCCAGAUUUGAUCUCAAGUACCUUUGAUCUGUACUUGUGAUUUCCUUUUUUUCUGUUUUAACUUUCUUUUAUCAUCGGUUUCUGGACUUUAAUUUCCUAGAUAUAUAUACAAUAUUUUAUUACAUCGUUUCAAUAUGGUCAAGGACAAAUUUUAUAUGUUGAUGGAGGAAAAAGAAGUUGACAGAAGAGAGUGGGCACACAAAGGGGAUUUUUUUAUAAAACGUGUAUAUGGUUGCUUUUGCGUGCUCACUCUCUUCAUGUCAUAGCUUCUCCUUCAUGAUCAUCUUCACUGAAUCUUGGUGAUUAUGUGUGUUCAUAUAUGUCAUAUACAUAACAAAUUAUGUAUAUAUAUUACAUAUGGUGCAUCUAUUUAUAUAUAUUGUAUUAACUUAAAUUGUUUGGCAUAUGAUGUAUCAAAACUUUGAACAUUCAUCAUGAUGAGUCAUAGCUUUUGUCUUAUAAUAUAUUUACACGUAUAUUUCUAUUUGGGUAUAUGUACUACACUAUUUGUUAGAUAUUCAUAGAAUCUAUGUACUUUUCUAUUUGGGUUAGACAUCGUUGAUCCAUUAUAUGGUUCUUACACUUAUCGGACUAUGGUGUUAGUAUUCUAAGUAUCUAUUGUCACUUGAAUAAAUUAAUUACUUCUUGUUUUUUCUUGUUGAGUCUAGCUCAUGGUUACACUGACUGGCCCUCGACUAUUAAAGGUUUGUCAAAGGUAUGUAGAUUACACUUGAAUCUAUGAAAUAAGAUUGGUUUACUGAUGAUUUAGUGGCGAAAAUCAACAAAAGCUUAGAGUUGAUGAGCUCGGAAUCAGAAGACUUGUAGUUUCUGUGCUAGUUAGGUACUUUUGAUAUAAGGUCUCUUAUUUAGCUGUGUGGAAUGUAUUCUCAGCCACAAUUAGUAGAAGCGGUUGACACUCAUGUGGUUAACUGAUAAGGCUUAGUGUGAGAGCCUAUCUGCCAUUUGCCGUGGUGAAGAAAAAUGAUUAUCAUCUAGCAAAGGAAGUUUAGUAGGAACAUUUAACUAAUCUACUGUUAGUUGCUGGGUUGUUAUUAUGAAAAUAUUAGAUAAGUCGAAUAGUGAUAGUCACAGAAUAGUGAGAGUCACAGAACAUUGUGGGUUUUGACUGGGUUGUUAAAUGAAAAUAUUAGAUUAGUCAAAUGAGUGGAUAUAGUGUAUAUAGUGUAAAUAGUGAGAUUGACAGAACAUUGUGGAUUUUGGAAUUUGACUCGAAUUACAUUUGUGAACAUUGUGUAUACAAGUAACACAACAUAAGCUUGCAUACACUAGACAGCCAUAUAUAAGCCCUUUCAUUUUUUUCUCCAUGCAUUUUCUUUAUCUCGUGAUCAAUUAGCUUCUCUGUUGGGAUAUUAUUUCAAUAUUUCACAACCUCUUUCUGAAUCAGCUAGUUGCCAGACUAUACUUUCAAAGUCUUUCAACUAUAACUUGCAAUUUUUUUGAGUAUUUGGUUCUUGGAUCAAUAAGAUUUAUUUGUAUAAUUGUUAUUUUUCCAACUUCUUCUGUUCAAACAGUGAAACAAGCUAUGCUUCAUUCCUGCGCAGACAUGGAUGGACUUUCUGGAAGAAGUGAACUCCAUCAUUAGAGAGAUUAAAAUCUAAAUUUCUUUGUUUUGCUGAAGUAACUAAACUACGAAAAAGAGAAUGGGUCUAAUUAACGCAAAACCAUGUCAUGAUUACUUGAUUUUUUUGUCAAAACAGCUUUGUAAAUAAAUCUUAAAAAUGAACGGCUAGGAUGCGUCUAGAGUACAUGGAUACCCAACACAAGCAAACAGAGGAUUAUCCCCUUUUUUCUCUUCCCUUCUCUUUUCAUUGUUCCUUCAGUUUCGUUCCUUGUCCGUUUGAUCGGUGGCCCUCGCUUUCUCUAAUGGAAAAUCUAAGCUUUCACGAUGGACGUUGAUCAAAGAUUGAUGAUAUAUGCAGAGGGUACAGAUGUUUUCUAUGCAAUUGAGUUAGUAGAAGUUGCUAAGGUGUCUUUAGAAGAGGGUUCUUCAGGAUUAUCAAAAAAAAAAAAAAGGUUCUUCAGAUUUUUUAUGCAAUCGAGGCAGCUAAUGAAGUUCUAAUGAUAUUGAGUCUGCGCUAAGGCAUGAAUGCCUUUUUUGCUCAAGGUCCUUUAAAGCUGGUGUGUAUAAUCCUUUUUGCAGAGGAAGUGGAGUGGAAGGAUGAUGCUUAUAUGGCCGUAAGAGAUUUGCCAAAAUGCUCGGAGAAUCGAUGCUUCAUCUUUUAAAGUUCCAUUACCUACAUGUCUGAAGCAACAUAAUUUAUAGAUCAGAGGCCAACAUUGACAGUUCACAUUCCGAAAGCCAAGAAUCUGAUUAUGAUGAGGAAAUGGAUGAAGGGCAAGAUCCAGACUCAAAUGCUCUAAAGUGAAAGUCUAAAUCUAAGAGUUUAUAGAGUGAGUGAUGAUAAGCCCACCCAUGGAGAAUACUGGUGAAAUGCCUCCUCAGGAACUGUAUUGUCAUCUCAAAAUGACAGAAUCUCUUAUCAGUGAGAAAAGCCGGUGGGAGCUAUUGAUAUGAAGCGUAGAUAUGUUGGCCACUGUAACGUUGGAACUGAUAUUAAACAAGCCAGUUUUCUUGGACAGAGAGGUGAAUAUAUGGCGAGUGGAAGCGAUGAUGGUAGGUGGUUUAUAUGGGAGAAACAGAUGGGGAGACUUGUGAAAGUGUUUGUUGGCGAUGAAGCAGGUUCUUGUUCCAUUACAUAA